AUGAAUAAUACGCAUGAUUUUGCGAAGAACAUUGAACUUCAAGAUAAACCUUCAUCAUCACCAAUCCAUUGUCUUGAAGAAAUAGAAAAUGUUGAUCCACCAUUAAAUAAAGAAACUGAACAAAAUGACGAGAAUUUAAUUAUUGACAAGAAACAAGAUAGUCCUACAGAAAUAAUAAAUAUGGCUCAAAUAAUUCAAACAGAACCAAUGUCAAUUGAUACGCAAAUCAAUCAUAAAAGAAUGGCAGAUCAGAUAGUUGAUGAACAAAUAUCAGAUAAUGAAAAUGCUCCACCAACAAAAAAACCAACUCGAUCAACUCGAUCAACUAGUCGCAAAUCAUAG